CCGCGCGUAUUGAUACACAUCACACCUUCCUACGGCUAUCGUCUAUUCCGUACCGUAUCACAUUUAACGUACGCGGUCAACACAGCAUUUAUGUGCUUAAAUGAUCUACAUAUUAGACUGUCCGAUCAUUUUAAUUUUAACUAAUAGCUCUCUUUACAUGAACAGGUACCGAGUUAAUGAUUGUCACGUUCAUCACCUGUGGUGGACGAUGGUGUUUAUUCAAUAAAGAAUUCAAAUACCUAAACAUAUUUUGUGCAGUUCGUAUAGUCAUUGUCAGCAGGAAGGUUUGUAGUUAAAAUUUAUGUUUAAAUAGUACUUAUAUUUUUAGCUUUUAAAAAAAUAUUCUACAUUUAGGAACCAACAUCAUGCUUUGGAUCAUUAUUGGUGUUUUAAUGCUAAUUGCAAUAUAUUUUGGUUAUCAACGGCACUUGAAUAAAAACUUACCUCCAGGUCCUUGGGGUGUUCCAAUUUUAGGGUAUCUUCCAUGGUUAAAUCCAACGCAGCCUUACAAAACGUUAACGGAGUUAGCUCAUAAAUAUGGACCAAUUUAUAGUAUUCAAAUGGGAAAACAUUUUGCAGUCAUUAUGUCAGACCCGUCAUCAGUGAGAAUGGCUUUAGCAAGAAACGAACUUGCAGAUCGCACUAAUUUCACAGUAAUUAAUGAAAUUAUGCAAGAACAUGGUUUAAUAUUUACCCACGGGGCAUUAUGGAAAGAACAACGAAAAUUUGUCUGCAAUUGGCUCAAAACAAUCGGUGUAUGCAAGUUUGGAGACAAAAAGAACAACUUGCAACUAAACAUCAUGGAUGCUGUUUCCUCAACUAUUUCGAAAAUACGACAUUCGAAUGAAUUUCCAAUAGAUACGGGAAAACUUUUUUUAGUAUACAUAGGAAACUUUAUUAAUCAUAUCGUGCUGGGCAAAACAUGGCCUGAGGAUGAUCUUAAUUGGAUAUACUUACGAAAAUUAGCUGAAGAUGGAUCUAAAAAAUUCGCUGUUGCUACUCCUUUAAGUGUUUUACCUAUUUUAAAGGUAAUACCAAAAUAUAGAAAAACUAUUAUUGAAGUAAUCGAGGGAGUUAAAAAUACACAUUUUAUAUAUAAAACACUAAUGGAAAAACGAAGCGGAAAAAUUGAUGAUUGUGAUGAUCUGAUGGCAAUGUUCAUGAAAGAAGUUACAAAGAGAAAAAAUGAUAAAGAUCCUCAUUACUUCACUGAAAAGCAAUGUAAUUAUUUAUUGUCUGACCUUUUUGGUGCUGGAGUUGAAACGUCUGUGAACACUUUGAGAUGGUUUUUACUUUAUAUGGCUUUAAAUAAAGAUAUACAAAAUGAAUUACAAAAACAAUUGGAUUUAGUUUCUACGAAUGGCGCAGUAAUAGAUUUAGAACAGAUAGAAAGCGUUCCAUUACUAAAAGCUUGUGUAUUUGAAACAAUGAGAUUACGACCAGUCGCUCCUUCAGGAAUACCUCGGGCAGUGAACAAUGAAAUAUGGAUUUUAGGAUUUCGUAUACCAAAGGGUACUAUGGUUUUACCAUUGCAAUGGGCAAUGCACCGAGAUGUAAAAUAUUGGGUAAAUCCUCUUGCGUUUCAGCCACAAAGGUUUUUUGAUGAAGAUGGAAAUAUAAUCAACAAUAAAGCAUUUAUGCCAUUUCAAGCUGGUAAAAGGGCUUGUGUUGGAGAUACACUAUCAUACUGGAUGUUAUUUUUAUUUGGUGCAAAUUUAAUUCAUAACUUUUACAUUUCUAUGGAAGAUAAUUUGUCUGAAAAAGAAUUAAAUACUAUUAUGGACGGAGAAUUCGGCAUAACUCUCAGUCCAGCGGCUCAUAAUAUUAUAUUCAAAUCUCGAGUCUAAAAAUAUUUUUGUAUAUAAUUUAAAUAUGAAUAAUAUUAAAUAAAAUUUAGAUUUAAAUCUUAAUGAAAUUAACAGUGUUUGCAAUAAGUACAAUUAAGUUAAAAUUUAAGACGUC